CCUCAAGUCAUUUUUGAUUAAGCUCACGUGUACUAGGUAAGUUGCCUUGUUUUCUUUCACGUUUAGGAAAGGAAAUGGAACCUUGAAAGUCGUCAUCUUCGACAAAGGCAAAAUGUUGAAUCUGUCUAAUUUCCUUUUUCGUUUUGUCCAAAAAAGUGAAAAUACUACUACGGAUUUCGCGAAUCCCUAGCUUUCUUUUUCUUUCUUUUUUUCUUUAUUAUGUCGGAACCUACAAAAACAACAUCAACACAUUCUGGUCAACUUCCUAUUGGAAAAGAUGGAAAACCAUUAAAGCCUUGUUGUGCUUGUCCUGAAACAAAGAAAGUGAGAGACGAAUGUAUCUUUCAAAAAGGUGAAGAAAACUGUCAAGAAUUAAUUCAAGCCCACCUUACUUGUAUGCGCAAUUUGGGGUUUAAGAUUUAGACAAAUGCUAUGUAUUUUUAUAUCUUGUAAUAAUAAACUAGGUGAUGAUUUUUAUUAUAAAUAUUAUAGCAUUAAAGAAAAAAAAAGAGAGAG